AUUAGGUACUAAGGUUAACUUGCAAUCAUCACCACUGUGAACUGUAUCUGGAAUAUUUAACAGUGACCGGCACUAAAAUCUCAAGGUUAUGUAAUAAAGCGCCUAAAUUGUUCCAAUUGUCGCAUGAUGAGGGAGUUCUCACCUACGAAAAAGCUGAAGAAAAGACUCAAGAAGAUUCGACAAAAAAGCACUGAAGAACAAACCGAUGGUGGGGAUGCCGCGUUGGAUAAUUUAGAAGAGUCACAGCCUGGCACGAGUAUCUCAUUGUCUGGAAAAUUUGAAGAUUUGCCUAUAUCAGAGCCAAUUAAGCGUGCUAUCAAGGAAAUGGGCUUCACACAUAUGACCGAUAUCCAAGAUAAAUGUAUUCCACAGCUGCUUGAGCACAGGGAUCUGAUGGCCUGUGCUAAAACUGGGAGUGGUAAAACACUAGCUUUCUUAAUACCUGUUGUGGAACUGAUGCUAAACUUGGGUCUGCAACCUCGUAAUGGUACUGGUGCCAUAAUCAUUUCACCUACUCGUGAACUUAGUCUUCAGACGUAUGGUGUGUUGGGAGAACUCAUUCAAUUCACGAAUUUACGAAUUGGCCUCAUUAUGGGUGGUAGCAACCGACAAACUGAAGCUCAGAAUCUUGAAAAAGGUGUGACAAUUCUCGUUGCAACUCCGGGAAGACUGCUAGAUCAUUUGUCAAACACAAAGUUCUUCCUCCGUCAUAAUCUUAAAGCUCUUGUAAUCGAUGAAGCUGAUCGUUUGUUGGAUAUAGGUUUCGAAGUGGAAAUGCGACAAAUUAUAAAACUUCUCCCGACGGUACGGCAAACAAUGCUGUUUUCUGCUACCUUGAACGAAAAGACGAAGAACCUAGCCAACGCUGCGCUUAAAGCUUCUUGUGUUAUGGUCGGAUCAGCUCCUGAUAAUGAAGCAACAGUUGAGGGAUUGGAACAAGGGUAUGUUGUCUGCCCUCCUGAUAGGCGUUUUUGUCUACUGUACACAUUUCUCAAGAAAAAUAAAAGUAAAAAGAUUAUGGUUUUCAUGGCUUCCUGCAUGGAAGUCAAGUUUUACUAUGAGUUGCUGAACUUUGUGGAUACUCCAGUCCUAGCCAUCCAUGGACGACAAAAACAAGCUAAAAGGACAAGCACCUUUCUUCAGUUUGUAAAAGCUGAGUCUGCUGUUCUUUUGUGUACUGACGUCGGAGCGCGCGGUUUAGACAUACCAAAGGUAAGUUUUCGAUUGGUUUGCUUCUCUUGUUGAAAUAACAGUAUUACGAAAAUGUCUAGCAGUGACUAGCCAUACAAAACCGAAGGUCCCCAUGAGGCUAUCUGUCAAUGAGAAGGCUUUUUCUCGUAAAUUAACCAACCUAAUGAAGACCUAGUACUCGAAAUGCGAUCGCAAUUUGCGGUAUACUGUUAUUUGAAUGGACUGAAUUCACUAGGUACCUGCCGCCAGAGCUCUCUGUAGAUGAAAAUAUUUUUUCUAAGUAUUGGGUAAAACGAAAUAAACAUAUUGUAUAUUUCUGCUUGAGGAUAACGCUUACAAUGCGGAUCCGAGCAAUUUGUGUAGGAGUGUAGAAAUGUUUAUAGGCAUCCCUCUCAAAGUGCAAAAUAUUGGUUCAAGAAAGUUGCGUCAGUAACUAGUAUGAGUGUAGAAGGCAAACUAUUUGAGCGUUCUGACCACUCCGUCAUAAAUUCUACACCGACUUUGAUUGGUAGCUUACAAAAUUUCCCCGCAGAUUUCAAAUUUUUGUUGGAUUUCACCGACAAGUACUGAUAGUAAAAUGGUCGUCUGUCCAUCAAAGUGGUCAUUACACAGCCGCUCUAUGCGUAGAUAUGCUGAAGUUACAUUUCAUCAUGUAUAUCACUGUGUAUGUAAAACAGCUGAGUAAAUAAUAUAUAAACUACACUUCAGCUACUAGAUAGAAAUAGUAAACUGGACCAUGAGGCUAUUACUAUCCACCAUCUAAGGUGGUCAGUCAUAUCCCUUUUUUAGCUACUGGUAAAUAUUGGAUUUCAACAAUGAUCUCGCCCAAGAUUCCUUUAUUUCAUUAGUUUUCCGAGCUAUAUUAUUUAUGCUUAGCAUCUUGAUAUUCUUCUUUCGAUUACCUUGGUUUCCAUCGUUUAAUGUGCGGUAUAGAUGUUUCCAAUAAUUUGAUGAGCGGAUUUUUGGUUGUCAAACUGUAAUAGGGUGUUAAUCCAAUGAUGUGAGACAGCUGAAUGAUGGCUAUUCACGAGGCAUCAUUAUUGUUUUAAGCCCCCUAAUGAUCAGAAAUCAAAGGUAAAACUACGAACCAGAUGAAUAGACAUAGUAGUCAUUGACAAUUGGAGGAAAUUAGCUCAUUUGUUACUCAUUCUCCAAUCAAUAUGGGUUAAUUAACGGGCAUCGUAUCACUGUGAUGUGCAAGUCCCCAGUUAGCUUCAUAAUAUCUUUUGAACGCAAUUGAUCAUUUACUUAGAAGUAAAACUCAUCUUCGAGUGUAUAUUAACUGAAAUCUGUUGCGGUUAAAAAUGAUGCAAAGACAGUUUUUUCCACCGGUUUUUGUUUUGAACAACCCAUAAGCAAAUGUCUAAGAAAACUGCACUGUACCCUAGACCUUAAUCCGAGAUAACAAAAUCGUAGUUCCCUUUUAAUAAGUGCAUAGAAAACAUGCAUUUACUACCAGUAUAUCAGAUGAAUUCUCGGUACCUCGCUGGAAUAAUGGGUGAAAACUUACCAUACUGUUAAACCUGUGCGACACUGAUAAUUACCUUUAAUUUUGGAUACCUCAGCUAAUAAAUAUACAAGUAGCUAAAAUCAAAAGCAGCUAUCAAAAACUAAGUGGAUAUAUCGUUUUUACACAGCUUUAUAAGUUUAUCACGCUUCAUGGUAGAUUCUUUAUAUCACAGACCAUCCUUUUUCUACAAAAGCUCACUCGUAGGGUCGGCAUGUUAGAAUCUUUUAUCGAGUCAUAAAUACUUUUGCGGCCGUCUUCUCGUUGUCUUUAAUAAUGUGUAAACAUUUUCUGCAAUGCUGACGUAGUUUCCUGAAAACCAUCCAGAUUAAAUUCCUGACGCCUUUAACUGUUCUUUACAAAUGAUAAUAUCCUUCGUCCUAUGGGUCAGUAAUGACGUUAUUUAACUAGAUUUACUUCGAACUUUGGGAAAAACAAUUGACGGAAUCUGCAUUAGCACUAAGUGCUUCGUGUAAUUUUGCAUCCACAAUACGUUAUUCUCGUACGAUGGCAUAACAGCUGUCACUAUUUUCUGCCGUUUGCGCAGAUAUCUAAAAGUCGCUAUAUUGAUUGGCUUGGUAGUGUGGUUCCACAAAUAGGAAAUACGAGCGUCUUAGAUACAACACUCAUUAAUGACAAAAGUUUCCCAGUCUUAACGAGCUUCCCUAAAGUUCAUGUAUCAAAUUCAGCUAGCUGGACCUACAUGCGUGGUUUGGGGUUCUGAAUACUACUUGAGUACCCAGAGCUAGUAACGUACCUGGUUAAAAUGUCAAGAGUUGAUACCCCUACGCUUAUUUACGUGAGCCAGACUCGUGACUAGAUUUCCAAACGUAUUCUCGCAAUGCGUUCUUAUGACCUAUUCCGUUUCUUAUAAGUAGAUUUAUGCAUGUAUCACAAUCAAUUAAACGAUUAGUAAGUUACUUAGUGUUUUGCACACUCACUUUAUCCUUCAAAGAAAAGAUGUAUUUUACUUCAAGCCUUCUUGAAUAUUCAGUGUAAUAAUCUCAUUUUUCUGAUACGUGUUACAUUAUUAUUUACUGAAUUACUUUUAUUAGGUUGACUGGAUUUUACAAUAUGACCCACCUGAUGACGCCAAAGAGUAUAUACAUCGAGUUGGUCGUACAGCUCGAGCAGGCAGCACGGGAAAUGCUUUGCUAGUGUUGAGGCCUCAUGAAUUAGAGUUCCUAUCAAUUCUAAGAAAAGCUCGAGUUAAAGUUGUAGAGUAUGAAAUAGCCAAUUCAAAGAUGGCGGAUGUGCAACCAGCUCUGGAGAAGUUGGUCAAAAACAACUAUUUCCUUGCUCUUUCUGCUCAGGAAGCCUUCAAAGGUAUAGUUCGUGCUUACGCUUCGUCUGGCCUAAGCUGUUUCAAUGUAGAUGAACUAGACUUGGCCGCAACAGCAAGAACAUGUGGACUAUCAAUUACUCCCAAGGUGGAUUUGAAUGUAAAAUCAAAGAGAACACGAGAAAAUCCAGGCCAAAAGCGUUAUAAACCAUUUGGUGUAUCUGAUAAGAAAGCCAAGAAAGCUAAAAUUUAUAAACGAAUAUCUUGAUCAUAUGUAAUUCUUCACGCACUAUGUAUAUAUCACAAAAUCUCCGUUUUGAAUAAGAUACAACUUAAGUUGAUGGAAACAAUGAGAAAUAUAUAAAUUAAAGUAAUA